UAUCCUUUUGACACGGCGGACAAAAAUGGGGUGGGUCAGAGAUAGUUUGGUUCGCCGACGAGGACGAGAGGUGAUGAAUGCAAGUUAUUAGCUUUCCACGUGGCGGGCCCCUGCUGAAUGAUGACACGCCAUCAGCUGUUCUUCACGUUUUCUUGUCUUUUUUUUUUCCUUAAGAACAUAAAAAGUCAAAAGAAAAAAAAAAAAAGAUGGAAUGACGUCAGGUGGGGACCACCAUCGUCACUCUCCGCGUUACCGUUGAUUUCAUAGCUCUGCCGAACUGCCGUUGACGUCUGGAGUUGAGUUAGCGUCCAUUUAAAUCCCCACGAGGCGACCAUAGAAAGGGCAGUAAUUCAAGAAUUUCUGUCUGUCUAUGUGGAAAUUGGGGGCCAUGAACCAAGCAAUUCCUUACAGAUCAAUUGACACAAAACAGAGCCUAGUGAGCGCGGCAUUUGGGGGCAGUGGAUCAUGGCGCGAUGUGAGCGCGUCCGUGUCGGAAAGUGCGGCGAUAGUGUUUGCUAGAAGAGGGUGUUGCAUGAGCCAUGUGGUGAAGCGGCUGCUUCUCGGACUUGGAGCGAAUCCGGCGGUGUAUGAGGUGGAGGAAGACGAGGAAUCCGGCGUGGUGGAGGAAUUGGAGGCAAUCGCGCAAUUGGGGAAGGGGAAGGUAGAGUUGCCGGCGGUGUUUAUUGGGGGGGCGUUGUUUGGAGGGCUGGAAAGAGUGAUGGCUACGCAUAUUUCUGGGGAUUUGGUUCCUAUUUUGAAACAGGCCGGCGCUUUGUGGCUUUGAAUUAUUCCCUUCCCUUCCCUUCCCUUCCCUUCCCUUCCCUUAUUCUCUAUCAAUCUUUCACCAUUUUCUUGCUCAAUUUUGCUUGCAAUUCGGGGAAUUCUUUUUCUUUUUUUCCUAAUUAGAUAUCGUAAAUGGAAUUUUUAGUAACUAUUUCA